AUGGCUAAGACUGACAAAUCUGCAUUAAUGAGAAUAUUGGAGGAAAAGUGUACCAAUGUCCAAGUGACAAAGAUACCGCAAGGAGCAAUGUUGGAUGCCAUGGCCCAUAUUCAGUCAUUUCGAGACAUUCCUGAUACCUUUGGAAAAUUGUCUGAUCUUGUUUUGACACAAAUUGUUAAUAUGGGGAGCACAAAUGGGUGUUCCAGAUUAGAUUUCGUUGGCGACACAUAUCCACAAGGCAGCAUCAAAGACAUGGAAAGAGAGAGAAGAGCAGGCAAAGGGGCUGAAGUAAUUACGAUAUAUGGUCCAGAGCAGAAAACUCCCCGACAGUUUAAGAAAUUUUUAUCCGAUGGAAAGAACAAGGAAUCCCUGCUGGAAUUUUUUUUCCAGUCUUGGACUUCUGCACAACUUACAACCGACAUCACAAUUUAUGUAGCUCAUGGGAAGUUUUGUCACAAGUUGUCAUAG